GACGGCCUUAUUGGGUAACCAUGUCAUUGAAUAUUUCGUUAUAUACAAUCUCUGCUGUUCUAAUAUUAGACAAUGAGGGAAACAGAGUCUUUUCCAAGUACUACCAUUCAUCAUUAGAGGAAACUAGUGAUUCCCAAUUUGAAACCAGUUCUCAACAAAUUAAAUUUGAAAAGUCGUUGUUUGGCAAAAUCAACAAGAUAAAUCAAGAUAUUUUACUCUACGACAACCAUUUAAUCGUUUAUAAGCAAACCAACGAUGUCAUAGUUGUGCUUGUUGCCAAGAUUAACGAGAAUGAAAGUUUGAUUUACUCCACGUUGGCCAACUUGUUUGAAGCUAUAAGUAUAUUAUUGGACAACACCAUCGACAAACAAACCAUUUUGGAUAAAUUCGACAUGGUUAGUUUGGCCAUCGAUGAAACCAUAGACGACGGUAUCAUAAUUGAAUACGAUCCAGCUACAAUUGUGUCCAGAGUGACUAAUCCGCCAUCUAGUCAUUACGAUGUCAAUUUGAAGAAUAUCGAUAUCAGCGAAAAGGGGAUCUUCAACGCGUUAUCCUUUGCUUCUAAGAAGAUUGGUGAAAGAUUACAGCAGGGUUUGUAAUAGCUAUAGUGUACAUUUUCCUCUUUUUUAUCCGUUAAUAUACACACACAUACAAAGUUUUCUUUCUCACUGUAUAAAACCACCGAAAAAUAAACGUCAAAAAUUUCUUACAACCAAACCAACAUAAACAGACAAAGUUUGCCGUGGCAGUAUCAGCAACAGUAGUAGCCAUGUCCGACUCAUUCCAUUUCAGUCUACUUCGUAUAUCAAUAGCACAAAUACUCAAAGCCAAUGGGUUUGACAAGUGCAAACCAUCAACAUUGAACAUCCUCACUGACAUCUAUAUCCAGUACCUCACCAAACUAAUUCAAACCUCAAUAAAAUGCAGCCAGUUACGAACACGAUCAAACACACCGGAAUUGCAGGAUGUAACACAGUCGUUGAUACUAGCUGGCGCUAUUAAGCCCAAGAACAUUCUCCAAUUGAAUGAUGAUAGAUUUGAAGAGUCUCCGUAUAACACACAAUCCGUGGAUUCAUUCAAAAAUUGGACAUUGUACAGCGAAAACAAUUCCACCGCACGGAAACUUAACGAGUUACCUCCCAACCUUAUAAAGAACUUGAUAGAGAAAAGAAAGCUUGAUAUAAACGACGGCGAAACCGAUCAACAACGACGCAAACGAAAAUACAAAGAACGCCAGGAUUAUUACAAUCAACUUAAGUUAGACCGACAUGAACCGGAAGAAGACGAAGAUUUAAUUACCAGUAAAGAUCAAUUGAAAUGGUUUAAUUAUUUGAUUGAAAAAGAUUUGAAAUUGGGCCAUGAUUUGAAGUUCUUGACUACUCAAGCCAACGUAGUGCAGGAGUUUAUGAAGUAUCAAAAUAAUACAAAGUUUCAUCCAGGGAAUACCAAUAGAAUCACUCAACAUUUGCUAAAUUUGAACAAGCAUGAUUACUUAGUAGGUGAAGUGGAUCAUACUGAGGAGGAUGAAGACGAACAAGUGGUACCUUCACAAGAUUUAAUGAACUUGCUUCCGUAUAACCUAAAGUAUAACGAUCAUUUGCUAGAAGAAGAUUUAAGCAAAUUCUUUGAAGUUGAACAAGACCAAAAUCAAGACCAAGAACAAGAACAAGAAGUACCACUUGACAACUUAAUCCAUGAAGAUCAUGAAUUUGUACAAAACCACGAUGAAGACAUGAUCAUAAAUGAAGAGGGUAUUGGCGGUGACAAUAAUUUAAUGUUUAUGUAGGAUAGCAAUAGUAAUGGCUUUUGAAUACUGUAAUAUACGUAUUGUUGACAUUUGCCCCAAGUUUAAAACAUGUGCAUUGUCAGAAUUUGGAACCGGGAAGAAUAUACGGGAAUGUUAGAUGAUUACCACUCAUAUAACAUUCCUUGCAUCCUCAUCUAAGCUUUAACACCAUUUCAAUGUGCUUAUUGGAAACCAGAAUGUGCCACGCAGCUGUUUCGAUGAUUCAUUGGGCGUUUUGUCGUAUUACAAACGACACUUGCAUGUUUACCCAAAAUUUACAACACAUAACUUGUAAACCAGGACCGAAAUAACAAGAAGUU